AAUACAGUCUAAUUAACUGUCCGGCCCGUUGCACGCUCUGACCCGUUGCGCCACCACUUGCCUUAACCGGUUGUGCGAGCGUUACACUUUUUGACAGUCACUCGACUCUUACUCCAACCCCUCUCGCUUCUAUCUUUACUCUCGUCGCCGCGUCUGGUAUCUUCGAGUCUGAUCAACUCGACCUCCGACUCUGGCAACUUCGUCUGCUCCCAAAAGAGCCGACACCCUUCGAAAAGCCCCACGAGUAAUCAAGCUUACUCAUGGCACCUCGUCGUCGAUACGACUUCCGCUCUCGCGCAGGACGGGCGGGGAACAUGGUACCCGGUGAGUUCCCUUCCGGUCACAUAGAGAACACUGAAUCUUCCGCUGUGGCAGACGGUCCGGGAUUUAUCUCGGACCUCACGAGCAUUCGCUCAGCCCCCGGAUCUCUGCAGUACGCUUCGUUCGAACGUACUGCACCUCCGAGUAUCCCCGGAUCUCUGCCGCGUGGGUCUUCGGACCGCGCCGCAUCUCCGCGUAAUCCCUCCCGCAGCCAAGCAGCUCAGGAGGAGGUCUUGUCGCCACGUGCGCUAGAUAUCGAACCGGAGAGGACGCCGAGCAUAGCUCGCGCUUCUCUGGUUCUGAACUCUCCCUCUCCCAUCAAACAAGAACCAGGCUCGGGAGGAGUCUGGUACCCCGUUGGACGCAACGGAAAACACUCGCACGACGCAUCGCGCGCGAGCCCGAACCCGAUCCCCCGCAGGAGAAUUCGCGGGGCGAGCGUAUCGGAAGAAGUUCUGGCCUCUGUCUACAUGGCAGAGCAGAACAUGACGCCUAAAGAGCGCGCUGAAUACCACGAGCGUAUGCGCAGGGAGUACGAGCGCCAGGAGUUGGCUCGGCUACAGCACCUUCGUCAAGUCGAAGAGGACGCGUGGGUCGCCGAGCAGCUGGCACGCACCCCCGAUGCUAGCCAGUUCACGGCGUCCGGAACCGCAGAGGGCACCGAGACUACGGAAGGUCAGACACCCUCCGAGUCGGAGGACUCUGGUUAUUACCCCACCGCGGAACUCCGGCGGACGGGGAAGGUCUACGAAGGACUCAACAACGGUAAACGUUGGGAUUACCGUAACCUCGAAGAGAAGGCCGCCCAGGCCGGAGAAGCUCCGGCACCUCGGGAGCAGGUGCGUUAUGGCUCAGACGAGCGUGACGAGCGCAUGGCGGCCCUAGAGCGCCAUCUAGACCAAAUGGGUAAGGCGAUGGAACGCUUCGCAGCGUCCCAGGUCGCUAGAGUAGCUCAGGUAGAACAAGCUCUAAAUGAAAAUUUAAGGAAGCCUAGUGCUACUGAGACUGAACACGUAAAAGACAGUGUGAGCACUGGUGCAGCUAAGCUUCAUAAGAAGAAGAAAUCUAAGGCCAAGGAAAAGCGAGGGUCGAUGUACCCUGCUGACCAGCUAGAGCCUAGUAGUUAUCUGGGACAGGUACUGAAUACACACCUGCCAGGUGGAGGACCUCCAGACGAUAGCAGUUCAUCGAGCUCAUCGAGCUCGUCUUCAGAAAGCGAGGAUCCUCGAGGUCAUCUCCCCGAGGCUAAGGAUGAUGAAUCCUCGAACUCGAUGUCGGACAGGGUCAUUAGUGCUACUAAGAAGCAUAGGGCACGGAAACCUAUGCUUAAGCCGGUCAACCCUGAAAUAUAUGAUGGACGAGAAGAUGCUGAAGCAUUUCACAAAUAUGUCAGACAAACGAAAGAAUACCUAGACGGGUAUGACGUUAAGCCUUCGAUGUAUGCUUCGACAGCGUCAAACUUCCUCACUGGGAAGGCAUAUCGUUUCUUCAUACACAAGGUAUCUGGGGAUAAGCCGGAUUCAUGGACAAUGACUCGGUUCUUUACGGGGCUGUUCAACCAUUGCUUCGACCACGAUUACCGUCGUAGGAUGCUGGACAAACUUGAUAACCUUGAGCAAGGCCACCGCACCGUUCAGGAAUAUAUUCACGAAUUUGAGGAAACGGUACAACUCGUUGGCAUUCUCUCGCCCAGCGAGAGGGUUAACAGACUAUGGAAAGGCUUCAAGCCUGGUAUACAGGGAGAUCUCUACUUUAGGGAGCUAACUCCCUUCCAAUCCUCCUGGUCCGAAGUCACCGACGCCGCGCUCUUGAGCGAGGUUGUUCACAGAGCUCGUUCCGGUGCUCUCAAGUCGGUGCGCCCUCGUAAGGGGGAUACGAACACUCAACCCAGGACAGCCUCGGGUUCGGGUGCUGGCGGGAACGGUAAUGGGGACCAGCGGGGAUUCCGUACCAGGAAGGACAGCCGGAGAUUCCAGGGCUAUGCGAAAGGAGGAGGACGUAUUACCGGCAGCAGCUCCGCUGCUGCUGUGACCCCCACCAGCAAGCCAGUCAGUCGUACCACAGUACAGCAAAGGAGCCCUACCUCUCCACGGCUCUCCGAUAAGGAGAAGGAGAGACACGUCGCGGAGGGGCGUUGCUUCAAUUGCCAUGAGAUUGGGCAUGUCUCGCGCAACUGCCCAAACCUUGGCUAUGUACAAUCCACGAAGAAAGGUAGACCGCCUGGUGUGCCCGCCUAUGGUAUCACCCCAGGGUUGGGUUCAUCAGCGGAGCUGCGUGAACUGGCCUCUGAGUCCGGCGUCACUGGCACGUUAAUGUCAGCGUAUAUUGACGUUGAUAUGGACGAAAUCACUUCAGUGGCGAGCUGCGGCUCUAUGCCAAGCCUCCAGACUGUAUCCGACUCCUCAAGCGAGUCGGCCGGGUCCUACUCGUCGUCAGAGAGCUCCCAUGAAUACGACUGGGACAGUGGUUCUAGCGUGAGUCACGGCGACUCGAUGCCCGGGUUACAAACGGUAUCAUACCUAUCUGACAACGACGAGGUCUUGUCGGUCUCUUCGAGCACUUCAGUAUACUACUCUUGUGCAGACAGCGAGGUUGAACACGUUGAGGUUUCGAAGGUCGAAGGCCCCGAGGACAACGAGUCAGAGGAGGAGGAUGAGCUCAUCCCUUAUGAUGACGAGUAUGAGAAAACGUAUCUACCUCCCGUGAGACUUGAGGGCUCGUAUGGCCACCACUUUGGCGACGCGUAUGCGUCAAAUGCAGCCCGGAUACUCAAUCGAGUAUUCUCUGAGCUGUACCCUGAUAGGCCUGAGGAUGAUCAGAACCUACUGGUCAUCAGGACUUCCGAGCGUCAGUAUACUGUGGUGUAUGACGAAGCAAGCCGAGAGAUCGCAGUCACUUACAUACGCGAUCCUGAAUCCGACAUCUGCGGAUGGUGUUUCCCUUGGCUUGAUGAAUUCCUCGGCAAUGAUCUCGAUUAUGGUGAAAUACCUGAGAUCCCUCUCGGUCAUGCGCUCGCUGCGGAGGUACAGGACGUGCUGUCGAGGCACAUCCCUACGCCCGACGAAGAAGCCGACGCCUGGCCUGGGAGGACACGCUUUGUCACAAAGCAGCUUGACGAUCAUGUCGAACUACAGGAUCUGUACCUCGCAUUCGUGCUGUUAAUACCUAACAAGAUCCUUGAUAACGCGUACCUUGACUUACCGAACUGGUACGCACAGUCGCUACGUCGUGAGCUAAGGCCUCCCUCCUUCGACAUAGGCGAUCUGGAGGGCGAGCUCGACUCGUUUUUUCAGCUGCGACCGGCCAACCCUGUGAGCGCAGGUUGCCGGUCGAACGAGGUCCGCGCUGCAAUUGAGUGCUUCGCCGUACGGGUGAGUAAGAACGACUCACCUGAGUAUCUACAGCGUAAUGCUGCAGAACCACGCGCCCUCAAUAGAAUUAUGCCCGAUCCCGCCGUAGUGGUCGUGACAAUCAACGGGAAUCCUGUCAGAGCCCUGCUCGACUCGGGCUCCCUGUCGGACUUCGUAUCUACAAAACUCGUACAUCAGUUAAAGCUCAAGUCGUUUGAGCUUGACGUACCAUUGCCUGUACAGAUGGCAGUACAGGGAUCUCGUGCCAAGAUCAAUCUUGGUUGUGUUGCUAAGCUCGAAUAUCAGAACGUCAGCGAAGCGCGAUAUUUCGACGUGAUGAAUAUCCUCAACUACGAUAUGAUAUUGGGGACUCCCUUCUUAUUUCAGCACCGCGUCACUAUUGGGCUCAAUCCCACUUCGGUGGUGAUCGGGAGUGCCGUGUCGUUACCCAUUGAGGGGAAGCGUCUUCGGGUACUUGAAUCGCAAGCCACACGUAUGGGCGACGACGACCUGGAACGGUAUCGCGCGCAGUUGCGUGAAUACGCGAAGGACAUCAGCACUAAUGCGAUGGACUCACCAUUGCCGCCGUUGCGAGCGAUCAAUCACUCCAUCCCAUUAAUUGAUGAGGAUAAGGUGUACUCCUGGCGUCCAUCAGGAUUCCGUGCAAAGUCUCUGAGGGCCCUGUCAGGGGAUUCAGAGACCUUCAGAAUGGUCCAGAAUGCGUCAGUAGCACUCAUAUGUUCAGUUCUCAACAAGCCGAAAAAUUAA